CUGAAUUUCCUUAAAUGGUAUUGGAAAAUAGAAUUUUCCAUUUUGGUUAAUCUAUCAGAAUUUGAAUAAGUGUGAUGAUCAGUCUCUUUCCUGAACAAGUUGAUCAACUUCCCAGGUGAUCUGCUAACAUAUAUGAAGUUUUUUCAUCAAGCUGAUGGGUGGUGAUGAGGCUCGACAAUCAUUGCUUUCAGAACAUUCCAAUGAGAAAAAUGACCUUCAAAGGAGAAAGCCUAGAGGUGGUGAUGGCUUGGAGAAGGAGGUCAAGUUCAAAGGAGAAAAUGAUGAACAAAAGCCUUUGAAUCCUCAACGUACAGAUGUAAAACCACUGGCAGAAUUCCAUUUCAGGCCAGUCUUGUUAUGGUUAGCUGCAUACCUAGGGGGAGGAACUAUUUGCUUCCUUCUCACACAGCAUCAGAUUAAGGGCAUAAAAACUAAUGGCUUUCUUGAUGCCAUUUACUUCUGUGUUGUAACAAUGACAACAGUUGGAUAUGGAGAUCUUGUGCCAGAUAGCCAACUGUCAAAACUUCUUGCUUGCAUUUACGUCUUCACUGGAAUGGCUCUUGUAGGUCUAAUUCUUAGCAAGGCAGCAGAUUAUAUUGUUGAAAAGCAGGAAAUAAUUCUAGUUAAAACCAUAUUCAAGGGUGAAAAUAUUGAUCCAGAACAGCUUACCAAAGAGGUUGAAACCAACAAAGCUAAAUACAAACUCAUCCUGACAGCAUCCAUCUUUUUGGUGCUUAUGAUUGCGGGGACUAUUUUUCUCUAUUUUAUUGAAAAUCUAGAUUUUGUUGAUUCCUUUUAUUGUGUUUGUUCCACAGUCACUACAUUAGGUUAUGGGGAUAAGAGCUUUUCCACCACUGUUGGUCGUGCUUUUGCUGUGUUCUGGAUAUUGAGCAGCACUAUUUGCUUGGCUCAGUCUUUUGCUUAUAUUGCUGAACAUUAUACCGAAAAAAGACAAAGGUCCCUUGCAAAAAGGGUUCUUGCACGAAAAUUGUCCCACCUUGAUCUUGAGGCAGCUGAUCUUGAUGGAGAUCAUGUAGUCAGUUCUACAGAGUUCGUUUUGUAUAAGCUGAAGGAAAUGGGAAAGAUCAGCCAAGAUGAUAUUUUAACUGUUCUGGAUAUUUUUAGACAACUAGAUUUUGAUCAAUCAGGAACACUGACAGAAGCGGAUCUCAGAUAUAACCCUGACUGAAAAGUGAGGUACCAGACUCCAGAGUUUUGUGUUAUAUGGAAAUAUACUUUUUUGACUAUGAAGGUGAUCGAGGCAUGUAGUUUUGAUGAGGACAUGAAGAAACAGUCACUCAAGUCAAGGAAAGACAAUAUCCAACAACUUCAAAAGCAUGAUAACAUGAACUAAAGCUAGCAAAUGUGUUAGAAAAAAUAGUAAAUACUUUUUGUUUGUAGAAA